ACGCAGAUUCUGCUAUCUGUUCUUCCUUUCUGCUCCAGUCUGGAUCCCGAGGAAUAGAAAACAGGACAGACCCACAGAAGGACAAGCAGAGCGCUGAGCGACUGCAGAAAGGCCCACUCCACAUAGGCGAGGUUGCGGCAGGAAGCAGCGGGACCGGGACUGUGCUCCCCCCUCCGCGGGCGGGAAGGGGCGCGGCUGGCAAGCUGUGGGCGGUGGGAGGUGGGCGGGGUCAGCCCCAGCCCAGCCCCAGCUCCAGCCCGGCACUCUGGGCUCCACUCCUCGCCCUGCCGGCCGGCCUGGCAACCAUGGCCCAUUGCAAGAGCGAGCAGGAUGACUGGCUGGUCGUCUACCUGAAGUAUUUGCUCUUUGUCUUCAACUUCUUCUUCUGGGCAGGUGGGGCAGCUGUUAUGGCCGUGGGUGUUUGGACCCUCACAGAGAAGAGCGGCUAUCUGGGUGUCUUGGCCUCCAGCACCUUCGCCACCUCAGCCUACAUCCUCAUCUCCGCGGGCACUCUUGUCAUGGUGACUGGCUUCCUGGGCUGUGGCGCCAUCAUCCGGGAGCAGAGGGGCUGCCUCUCCAUGUACUUCUGCCUGUUGUUUGUCAUCUUCCUUGUGGAGCUGGUAGCCGGGGUCCUGGCCCACGUGUACUACCAGAGGCUGAGUGACGAAUUGAAGCAGCACCUGAACCGCACCUUGGCAGAGAACUACGGGGAGCCGAGAGCUGCAGAGAUCACUGCCUCGGUGGAUCGCCUACAGCAGGAUUUCAAAUGCUGUGGGAGCAACAGCUCAGCAGACUGGCAGCACAGUGCCUACAUCCGGUCCCAGGAGGCCCAGGGCCGCCAGGUGCCUGACAGCUGCUGCAAGACAGUGGUGGCACGCUGUGGCCAGCGGAUUCACCCCUCCAACAUCUACAAGGUGGAGGGAGGCUGCAUCACCAAGUUGGAGCAGUUCCUUGCUGACCAUCUGCUGCUCAUGGGGGCAGUGGGCAUUGGGGUGGCCUGCCUGCAGAUCUGUGGGAUGAUUCUCACCUGCUGCUUGCACCAGAGGCUCCAGCAGCAUUUCUAUUAAAGGCCGAUGCUGUCCCCUUCUGAGCACCCUCACCAGGACCAGGCCCAUAUCCCACACCACGUGUGCACCAGGCCUGCAGACUCAGCUCCAGCCUAACUGGGGCCACAGACUCCUGCGUACCUAAGCCAGGCAGGGACCUCCUACUCACUGUACUCACUGCCCAGAUCCUGGGCAGGGAUGACCCUGCUGGGAGACAGCCAGAUCCUUUCCCCAGCAUGAGCACCUGUGAACUACGAAAGGGUCAGGGCUGGGUUCUUGGCUUCCUCCCAGCACUGGAACCUGGAAUACACAGCUGAAAACAGGGUCCCUGUGAGAUCGCUGCACUGGCCAGCAUGUGCCCUUAGCUCUCACUGGCUCUGCCCCUAUAGUAGCACCAUGGUGGGGCAGGGAGGGUGAGCCCAAGCAAGCCCGUGAAUUUGCCUGCACCAUCUCACCUGGAUAGCAGCGACCUUCCUGUUGAGUGACUUCUGAGAGGCCUCUGUGUCAGUGAAGGCCAAGCCACUGGGCAGGGGCAGGGGCCAAGCUGACCAUGGCAGCUGGUGCCAUACCGGAGACAGAAACCUGCAUAUACACCCCCAAAGACACAGCCCGAGCCCCUGUCUACCCCUUCCCCUAAGGAUUGCCUGGUCUAAGGCCAGAUUCUCAGUGAGUGAAUGCUGGGUUAUGUUACUAGAUGUAAAAACCCUCCCCAAGGGGACCAAAUCCCAGCCUGCAAAUCCCUCAAAGAAGGGACCCUGAGAAGGAGGAGCUUUGGGUGGAGGGCUCCCCAUAUGCCGCUUUUCUUGGGGUGCUCUCUGCCUAACCACGUGGCCACCACAUGGUCCUCCUAGGGACCCUGAUCUUCCUUUUCUACCAUCCCAGAGUAGACAUUGUCCUUUCAUUUUAUUCUGCUUCAUCACUGAGGGAAGCAGGAAAUUUUCCAGAAGACCCCUCCCAAACAGUAAGGGAAAACAAAAGGAAAACACAAAAACACGUAAGAGUAGAGUAGGUGUCAACUCAGAACAUAGCCUGGGCGUAGGCUGAGUGAUUAUUUCUUGGGCAGCUCCUAACAUAAGGAGCCUGUUCCCGGCUUUCAUCUUUCCCAAGUCUUGCACUUCUCCCCAUUGUGGGGAUAUUUUUAUCCUCCCCACCUGGAUGGGGACACCACGCCAUGCUGAGGUAAGGCCAAGGGAGGUCACACUUCGCCCCACCUGACAUAGUUUUGCCUGGUGAGCACAGCUUGUCCUGAUGCCCUGGCUUAGUUCUACGUUAGGCGUCCCCUUCCACACUCACUACUGUCACCAACACAGCACGAAGUGGCCCAGAAACAGCAUCUCCAGAGCAGGAAGUAGCCAUGAGGAUGGAGCAACCCUUCCGGGGCUCCCUGGAACAUGGGCUGUCUUCUCUCAUCUGCCAGUGAAGGCCACUCGUUGCCAAGGAAAAUUCAUUCAAAAGAAGAUGGGCUUCCCUGGCAGCCCCAGCCUGUACCAUCGCCAGGAGAUGCUGGAACUUGAUCAUCUCAGUUGUCCUCCAACUUCUGGGAUCCCAGCAGAUUGUCCAAAGCCCCAACUCCCAACCUGCAGAGAAGAUGCCUGGCUGGAACCAAGCUCUUCCUGUAGAGGCCCAAGAGAGGUUAGCAAUGGAUAAAGAGACACCAAGCUGCCCAGGGGGUCUCCCUGCAGUCUCUGGGCCAUGGGCAACAGAGCUAACAGGCAGACACCACUCCUACAGCCUUGUUACCAAGACAGGGCAGGAACACCACUGACUCAUUGGCCCUAGCCCCACAGGUUGGGUCCGGCACCCUGACUGGGGACAGAAUUAGCAGAUAGUGGCCUGGUUAGAGAAGGUGUCCUGGAUAGCAGUGUGGACACUGUGCCUUAGACUUUUUGUACCUGCCCCAAACACACACAC